GACAGACGUAGACGAUUACUUUUGACCCAGCUUAGCAGCCGUAGUCGGCCGGAGAGCCGGCGGUGGGGGAUUGUGGGAGAAGAUGGCGGCCACCGUUCACCCCAGGAUUGUCCGGGCCCUGCCAAUGUCACGUUCUUCUCUUACUGCAAUAGUCACAUCCGUGUUUCACGGGCCCCCCCAGCGCCAGCUUCAUCAUGCACUCAUUCCUCAUGGGAAAGGUGGGCGCUCCUCAGUCAGUGGGGUCGUGGCCACUGUGUUUGGAGCAACAGGAUUCCUGGGCCGAUAUGUGGUCAAUCACCUCGGACGUAUGGGGUCACAGGUGAUCGUACCCUAUCGAUGUGAUACGUAUGACACCAUGCACCUUCGUCCCAUGGGUGACCUGGGCCAGAUUAUCUUUCUGGAGUGGAAUGGGAGAAACAAAGAUUCUAUCCGAAGAGCAGUGGAGCACAGCAACGUGGUCAUCAAUCUCGUUGGGCGAGAAUGGGAAACCAAGAAUUUCGAUUUUGAGGAUGUUUUUGUGAAGAUUCCCCUAGCAAUUGCUCAAGUGUCCAAGGAAGCUGGAGUUGAAAAAUUCAUUCAUGUUUCCCAUCUGAAUGCUGAUAUUAAAAGCUCUUCUAGAUAUCUGAGAAAUAAGGCUGUUGGAGAGAAAGAAGUGAGGAAUGCAUUUCCGGAAGCGACUAUCAUAAAGCCAGCGGACAUCUUUGGAAGAGAAGAUCGAUUCCUCAAUCAUUUUGCAAAUAUUCGCUCGUUUGGUGGUGUACCUCUUAUUUCCUUGGGCAAGAAGACAGUGAAACAACCAGUAUAUGUUGUGGACGUAUCCAAAGGAAUUAUUAAUGCAAUUAAGGACCCAAAUGCCAGAGGGAAGACUUUUGUCUUUGUUGGGCCCAAUCGGUACGUGCUUUUUGACCUGGUGCAGUAUGUCUAUGCUGUGGCUCACAGACCCUUCCUCCCAUACCCUCUGCCACAUUUUGCCUAUCGAUUGGUGGCACGACUCUUUGAAAUGAGUCCGUUUGAGCCCUGGACAACGAGGGAUAAGGUGGAGCGGGUUCACAUCACAGACAUGAUGUUGCCUCACCUGCCCGGCCUGGAGGACCUUGGUAUUCAGGCCACACCCCUGGAGCUCAAGGCCAUUGAGGUGCUGCGGCGUCAUCGCACUUACCGCUGGCUGUCUUCUGAAGUUGAAGAUGUGAAGCCAGCCAAGACUGUCAACAUUUAGUGGUCCCUGAGCUGCCCUUGGUGUUUAGUGCCAUUCAGGUCACCUGGCUAGUGGCCAGCCACUUUCAUCAGAGAAUCUUGUACAUAGUGAAUAAGAUCCCUCUAUUAAAACAUCUGAGGUUAAAUUCU